GCUGGUUGCCCACAACGUGCCAUAAAUAUGCAUGUGUGCCGCAAUAACGUCGUACCAUUUUUUCCGUAAACGUUAGUUUUUCGGGUUGAUUUUUUCUUUCGCGCGCUUUUUACGGGGUGUCGGCGAUUUUCGCGAACAGCGCCACGAUGGUUAUACGAUGUCAUCGCCACAGAAUCCUGCACGAUUUGCUCCCGGAUAUCUAAGAAGGUGCAGUUCUUCAAAGUGCCAUAAAUGACAUGGGUCAAAAGCCAUCCCAUCAAGCGGGUGGCCGAUUUUUGCAAGACAAACUACGAUUCCUAUUCCCGAAAGAGUACCGUACUACACACAAUCCCCGACCGGAGCAGCCUAUCAAGUUUCAGUAUAAAACGACACGGAAAACAGUCGACAAGAACCAACAGAACGAAAAGUUACCACCAGUUAUCAAGAUUCAAACGAUAAAUAAUUUGAAAACUUGUGUCCAAGUGAAAAACACAAACGAAACUAAAGACAGUAAACCGGACCAAAGAAACGUGGCUAAACAAUACCUUCCAAUGAGGACAAAAAGUGAGCCGACUUUAGCGGUCGACAAAGUGCGCACCAGGAACCGACAAAAGAAAAAGACGGCGAAGUCGAAAAAUAAUUGGAAAGAAAAAGUGCAACAGUUUGGUUACGAAAUUCAAGAUGUCGAUGCGUUUUUAGCCAAGGCUACUUUGGAAAAACCGGCCAAUAUACCGAUAGUCUUGGCGUUUCCAAGCGUCCUCUACCAAACCCGAGUGGGUGGCUACCAAGCGGAAAUCUCACUACCCUUGGGUAUGGUGGUCAACGCAGUUUUCAAGAACCAACACUGGCUCUACGUGCAAACCCCCCAUGCCGAAGAAGGUUACGUCAGUUAUGCCGCUUGCUUGCCUUUAGGUAUCAUACCCCCUCCAGACGACGACACACCGUCGCCAUGUUGGGAAAAGUCGACUGACGUAUUCCCUAAACCUUCUGGCAAUAUGACGGACACUGAAAAACUUAGUUCGAAAUCAGACUGCAGUGGCGACAGGGAUAAUUACUGUAGGGCGGGAUACAGAACAGCCCUAAGUACAUGCGGUGAAAAAAGCGUGGACAGAUUGUAUUUAAGAGCUGCCGCCAUAGCCAAAGGUAGGGGAACAAGACAGACCUUACUAGUGAUAAACGAAGAUUACAAAGGUGUUGGACAGAGCGGCAUAUCUGUAAUGAAAAACGAAGUGGUUUUUUUGCUCAAUGCCAACUUCAAGGGUUGGUUUUAUGUUAAGAACAAGGAUGGUCGAGAGGGUUUUAUACCGUCUGCAGUGGCUGGUCAUGGAUUUUUGUAAAUAUAGUAUAUAAAUUAAUUAUUUAUUUUGUUUAUGAAUUGAAAAAAGAUAUUUGUAAUACUCGAUUCAGUUUUAUUGUGUCUUAGC